AUGAACAAGGUUAUUCAGUUCGGUCUCAAGAGCUCCAAGUUUCUGGCGGUGGUGCCUCUUAGGAGAAGCUUAAGAUUUGGUUCAUCUACGUUUAGUGUUAGAGUAGGAACAAUAAGUUUUAACAAUAGACUCAUGUCAAAUGCUACGCCUUUCUCUGUCAACAACAACACCAAGGGAAAGGAAAUGAAGGUAGCAGCUACUGAUCAUAAGGGAAGUGAUAGUGAUAGAGACGAAAUGGGAAUUAUUCUGCAUGAUCAAAAGGAAAUUGAGGCCAUGACGGUUCAAGAACUUAGAGCCACACUGAGGAAACUUGGACUACCUGUGAAGGGACUCAAAAAGGAACUUGUCUCAGCUUUACGACUUCAUAUGGAUCGCAAUUUACAAGAUGAAAGUUGUGGUGCAGAAAUAAAGGAAACUACUUCAUCCACCCGCUCAGAAAGUGUGACCAUCAAAAGAAAAAUCAGAAACAGGGAAGAGUCCACAGAAGAUGGCUGCAGUAGCUCUGAAGCUUAUGUAGAGAGAAGAGUAAAACAGUCUACUCAGAAAAACUUGAAAGCCAAAGUUUCUUCAAAAGCUAUCUUAAGUGAGCAGAAGUCUUUAACCAAAACAGGUAAGAAGAAGUCUCUGUUAAAAGAGAAAGAAGCAUCAUUGACCAUAUCUAGCAAAGUCCUCAAAACCGAUGAAGUCACCUCAUCAUUAGUUCAAAGUGAACCAUGGACGGUACUUGCCCAUAAGAAGCCUGAGAAAGACUGGAAAGCUUAUAACCCAAAGACAAUGAGACCUCCUUCUUUACCAGAGGGUACCAAGUCUAUGAAGAUUAUGACUUGGAAUGUUAAUGGACUGAGAGCAUUGUUGAAGCUAGAGAGCUUCUCUGCUCUGCAACUUGCUCAGAGAGAAAACUUUGAUGUCUUGUGCUUGCAGGAGACCAAAAUCCAGGUGAAAGAUGUUGAGGAAGUUAAAAAAGCUCUUAGUGAUGGCUAUGAUCAUAGCUUCUGGUCUUGUAGCGUCUCAAAACUUGGUUACUCUGGAACUGCUAUUAUUUCAAGGAUAAAACCACUCUCAGUUAGAUAUGGUACUGGUCUCUCUGGAUCAGAUCAUGACAUGGAAGGACGCAUUGUUACUGCUGAAUUCGAAUCUUUCUACUUGAUAAGCACAUAUGUCCCUAACUCUGGAGAUGGCUUAAAAAGACUGUCAUACAGGAUUGAAGAAUGGGAUAAAACCCUCAGCAAUUACAUCAAAGAGCUGGAGAAGUCUAAGCCUGUAGUCUUGACUGGUGAUCUAAACUGUGCUCAUGAAGAAAUCGACAUCUACAAUCCUGCGGGGAACAAAAGAAGUGCUGGUUUUACAAUAGAAGAAAGAGAAUCCUUUAGAGAGAACUUCUUAGAUAAGGGCUUUGUAGAUACCUUUAGAAAACAACAUCCUGGUGUUGUAGGUUACACUUAUUGGGGUUAUCGCCAUGGUACUCGCAAAACCAACAAACGAUGGAGAUUGGACUACUUGGUAUCUGAAUCGAUGGCAGGCAAUGUUCAUGAUUCUUACAUUCUCCCUGAUAUCAAUGGCAGUGAUCAUUGCCCCAUUGGCCUUAUUCUCAAGCUCUGA